AUGUCGAUUGAAGUAUCUCAAGCUGGUGUGCCAAAAGGGCACCCGGACCACCUUGAAGAAGCAGAAGGUAAAGCCUUGACUGAUAUCUCAUCAGAGCAUCAAGCCUUCCUCAUCGACCGCCAUGGAACCGUGAACCUCGAUCCCAUUCCAAGCAUCGACCCGGCAGAUCCGUACAACUGGCCAUCAUGGAAAAAGGGAACCAAUUUGGCCCUCGUCGCCUUCCAUGCCUUCAUGGGCACCUUUUCCGCGGCCGGAAUCAUCCCCGCGUUUCAGCAGAUCUCAGAGGCACUGGGUGUCUCGCUGCAACGCGCGAGUUAUCUUGUCUCAUUGCAAAUUGCGAUCCUGGGCGGUGCACCGUUGUUGUGGAAACCAUUAUCGCAUCGUUUCGGACGGAGGCCAAUCUUCUUGUUGUCGUUGAUACUGAGUUGUGUGAGCAAUGUGGGAUGCGCGAAGAGCCUGAACUACGCCUCAAUGGCCGCUUGUCGGGCAUUGGUGGCGUGUUUCAUCUCGCCGGCCAUGGCCAUUGGGAGUGCGGUGGUUAUGGAAACCUAUUUCCAGCAUGAGCGAGCGAGGUAUAUGGGUAUCUGGACAGUGAUGGUGACCCUUGGGAUACCGAUUGGGCCGCUUAUAUUUGGAUUCGUGGCGAAUCGCGUGGGGUACGUAUGGAUCUAUUGGAUAUUGGCUAUUACGAAUGGGUGCCAGUUCAUACUGUAUAUCUUCCUGGGACCAGAGACGCGUUACGUCGAGUCGAACAAGACAGGAUCAGUAUCAGUCUUCCAACGACAGUAUCUUCGCCUUGGAAGGAUUGAUCCCCAAUCUUUCACUUUGAAUGAAUUCAUCCAUCCUCUUUCCCUCUUCCGCAGGAUCCCUGUUAUGCUCGCUGCGGUCGCAUAUGGAAUGGUCUUCCUCUUCGCGAGCGUGAUGAACUCCAUUGAGAUACCCCAGCUACUGCAGCAUAAAUUCGAGCUCAAUGCAGAGCAGCUAGGCCUGCAGUUCCUUGGACUCAUUAUUGGGACUCUGUUAGGCGAGCAGCUGGGCGGCAUCAUGUCUGACCUCUGGAUGAGUUGGCGCGCCCGCCGCAUCGGCCACCUUCCAGCCCCUGAGUUUAGACUCUGGUUGAGCUAUAUCGGGUUCUUCCUGAGUAUGGCGGGUAUGAUCAUCUUCCUGGUGUGCACCGAGCAGGCCCAGGCUGGGAAAUGGACCGUGGUGCCGAUAGUCGGCACAGGUAUUGCGGCUUUUGGCAAUCAGGUUGUAACCACCGUUCUUACCACAUAUGCCGUGGAUAUCUACCCUGAGGAUGCUGGGAGUGUCGGUGUGUUCAUCAACUUUGUGCGCUCGGAAUGGGGGUUCAUCGGGCCGUUCUGGUUUCCGGCCAUGUUCGAAGAAGUCGGCAUCGCAGCCAGUGCAGGAGUGAUGGUCGCCCUGAUUACUGGUGUCAGUUUUAUUCCGACGGCUCUUUUGCACUGGCAAGGGUGGCGACUGCGGUAA